GCUGUGCGGUCAGCCACAGUCAGGGGUCCUUCUGCUGGAGGUGACAUUCAGUCGGCUAGCAGGACCGGGGGUGCAGUUAGCUUCGACAAACACCUCAACAUGGCACAGGCAGUGCAAAAACUGGUCGCUAAGGUACCGACCCUGAUCGGCGCCGCUGCCACCUAUUCCAAACCUCGGCUAGCAAAAUUCUGGUACUAUGCCCGUGUGGAGCUUGUCCCCCCGUCCCCUGCCGAGAUCCCCAAGGCCAUCGAGGGGGCCACAAACCUCAUCAAGGGUUUCCAGUCAGGACGUCUCGGUCAAACCACAAUGAGGGAUGCUUUUAGGAAUGGACUGGUGGCCACUGAAGUGUUGAUGUGGUUCUACAUUGGAGAGUGCAUUGGCAAAGGAGGCAUUGUUGGCUAUGAUGUCUGAAGUUUUGGACUGUCAUGCUUUUUCUUUUUCUCUUGAGCGUUGUGCGCUCAACUUCAUGUUAGAAUUCUGGGAACCAAUAAACAAAUGUCUAUUGUUUAAAAAACAA